AGGCGUAACAAAAUAAAUCUUCUGUUCAUCUAUCUCUUGAGUUCCCUUGACUCACGCUUGUGACCCACUCAGUUUUUUUCAGCUACUGGCUUUUCAUUAAAUUUGUUUUAAUCAAGACUAUUUCACAACUACCGUCACCAAUCUAAAGUCUUAUCUCUGAGAUUGUCUCUCUUGACCGUUUCAAGCUAUCUUCGCUCAUUCACCUCUGACUUUCACACUAUUAACUGGUCACAUCAUUAUCGUAAAACUCUCCACUUGAGCUUUAUCAUUCUCAUCAUCUCCUUUUUACUCUUACACUCAAGAUGCUAAAUGUCACUAAAGACGCAUCUGGCUCAAUCGUCGCCACUUUACCAGAUGGGUCACCUCCAACGAUUUACAACCCAGGUGACUUGGCUUGGGUCUUGGCCUCUACCGCCCUCGUCAUGAUCAUGACUCCAGGCCUAGGAUUCUUCUACUCUGGUUUACUUCGACGCAAAAACGCACUCUCGAUGAUCUUCUUAUCAAUGGCCGUUUAUGCUGUUGUUUCAUUUCAAUGGUUCUUUUGGGGAUACUCUUUGGCAUUUUCUCCCAAUGCGUCGCGCUUCAUCGGCACUCUUACCAACUUUGGAUUCAUGGAUGUUGAUAUGCAACCUUCAAUCGGAGGCACAAGUGUUCCGAGUUUGGCUUAUGCCGUCUUCCAGAUGAUGUUCGCAACCAUCACUCCAAUGAUUCUCCUUGGCGCUGUCGCUGAGCGUGGAAGAAUUGGACCAGCUCUCGUGUUCACCUUUAUCUGGUCGACCUUGGUCUAUGAUCCGAUCGCGUGCUGGACCUGGAACUCUAAAGGCUGGACGUUUAUCAUGGGCUCUCUUGAUUUUGCUGGUGGUGGUCCGGUUCACAUGUCUUCCGGUACCGCUGCUUUGGCUUACUCCAUAUGGCUUGGCAAAAGACGGGGUUAUGGCACCGAGAGGUUGGCCUACAAGCCUCAUAACGUCACCCACGUCAUCCUUGGUACUGCUUUGCUGUGGUUUGGCUGGUUCGGCUUCAACGGUGGAUCUGCCUUGGCAGCUAACAUGAGAGCCUUUCAAGCUGUGAUGGUCACCAAUACGUCGGCUGCAGUAGGAGGUCUAACGUGGCUGCUUGUUGAUUGGUUCCAUGAGAGGAAGUGGUCUCCCGUAGGAUUCUGUAGUGGUGCUAUUGCUGGAUUGGUAGGGAUCACUCCUGCUUCUGGAUUUGUGGGAACGCCUGCAAGUGUAGCCAUUGGAUUUGUGACAGCAGUCGUAUGCAAUUAUGCGACCCAAUUGAAGAUUCUUAUUGACUGUGAUGAUACGUUAGACAUCUUUGCAUCUCAUGCUGUGGGCGGAUUUGUGGGAUCAAUACUCACUGCUAUCUUUGCCGAUUCGAGAGUGGCUGCGUUCGAUGGGAGUACGGUCAUUGCAGGUGGAUGGAUCAAUCAUCACUAUGUACAAUUAGGAUACCAACUGGCGAGCUCCUUGGCCAUCAUGGGCUAUACCUUUGCAGUAACCAUGAUCAUUUUGGUUGCCAUGGAAUUCACACCCGGUAUGAGCUUAAGGGCUACCCCUGAGGCUGAAAUUGUGGGAAUCGAUGAACAUGAGUUGGGCGAAUCUGCAUAUGAUUAUGCAUUUGUGGAACGAGAUGUGGAAAACGCGGAUUACCGAAGUGAAUUGAAAAGUGUAUCACAACCUGAUAUGGAGUUACCAAAUACCCGAUCACCAUCAGUACAUCAUGGUGGUUUACAGGAACAACAUGUGACCAUAGAUAAAUCACCAGAGCGACAUUUGCCAAUCGAUGCGUCUAACUCUUCAUCACAAUCUAAUGAGAAAACCAAGAUUAAUCAAAAUCAAGCUCAGACGAAAGAAGUUGUAGUUUGACACGAUUGUUCAUACGACGAAGUAUUCACCGACAGACAUAAAAUCUUUCCAAACCUAUCAUUUGGAAGAAUUAUCUCACCUUUAACGCAAAUGGAUAUCUCAUCAAUGUAUAAUUUGUGAUUACGUAUCAAGAGGUCAUAAAUUAGACUACCAAUGACAUAUAUGAUAUUUCAAAUCCUAGCUAUUAUAGUUUUCUCUCGUCUUUUUUUUUCUUUGUGUUUCGGUUCAAGUGUAAUUAUCAAGAAGGGUAACGUUGUUUUCUAUUUAGGUGGAUUAGACUGGGUCUAAGAUAUUGAGAGAUGAUACAUAUGCAUAUAUAUAUACAGUGUCUUUUCCCCUUUUUAAUAUCUUUUCUGAUUUGUAUUUGGUUUGAGCAUGGUUUUCUAGGAUUCGAUUAUUGAUGAAAUGCAUAAUGAAAUAAUGUAGGCAAGGU